GCGCUGUGAUUGUUUCAUUCCAUUCCACUGCCGGUUCGACUGUGUCGAAUCACACAUUCGCUGCGCGAGAUCCAUGUCAAAUUCCUCGAGUAUACGAAUACAUAUCUAGCUCCGCCGACCGUCGAGCAUGCACUCGUGUCUUAUAAAGCGGUGAUAGGAACGAACUUGACGGCUCAGAGUCGGUUUGGCACACGCAUACGCAUCGUUGCCAGUCAUGUACAACCUGCGGCGGAUUGGUAUUGCCGUUGUUCUCAUCGUCCUGACUUGGUUCGGCCUCACGGCUCUGCAUCAACAUUUGGAUCCGAAUACUUCCAAGUCGGAGGAGGAGUAUGAGGAUGCGCAAUGGAUUGCGACUUCGACGUAUUGGCUUGACCGUCAAGCGUGUCGGUGGAUGGGACUCUGUGGGCUUGCCCAUUGGCAACCCGACCCAGCAGUGAAGCCAUGGAACAAGAGGGUCUUAAGUCGUGGCCAGCAGAAGCUACUAGAUGGAGACGAGGACGAUCAGGCCGAUGCAGAUUUCCCAGAUUGGGAUCACAUACCAGGAGAUGGAGAACGUCUGCAACCAGGAGAUUGGGACGGUGAUCCACGAGUUCUGAAGGAUGUUCCCCAAUAUGUCCUCGACCAUGCCCCUCUGAUACACCUCUAUUCCGGCGAACGGUUUUGGCCUUCAGAUAUCCGCGAUCACCUCACACAUGUGACGGCAUAUGCGAAUCAUACCUCCCUCAACGUCAGCCAUGUUGGUCUCGAUAAUCUGCAUACCCUCAAUGAAGGUUAUCGUGGUCGCGACCUUUUCAUGCACAGCAAAGAAGAUGUGGAAGAGCGUCCAGAUUGGCUGAGCAGUGCAUACAAUAAACCAAUUCCCUACGACGAUCCCGAGCCAGAGGAGGAUCCUGAUAUGGGUGAACUUGAAUAUGGAGAAGAUACUGGCGACGAGCCCUCGGAGGAAGAACUCGAGACUUGGUUCGACCCCUUGGGUGAUGGCAAGAAGAGAAAGGUCGCUCAACCCUUACCCAACAAUUAUCGAUCACCUCGUCAAGAUCUGCGCAAGCGUCUCUUGCCUGAGAUGCCCAAACCGGGCGGUUAUUCACCCGCUCCAGCCGUCUUGGUAAUUGUUGACAAAGGAAAUGGCAUCGUUGAUGCCUUUUGGUUCUACUUCUACAGCUACAAUCUUGGUACCACCGUGUUGGGAAUCCGGUUCGGAAACCACGUUGGAGAUUGGGAACAUUCCCUGAUCCGAUUCCAAAAUGGCGAGCCAAAAGCGGUUUUCUUCUCGGCUCAUUCUGGCGGCUUGGCAUAUGCUCACAAAGCCGUAGAGAAGGGCAAAGGCAAGGGACGAGAGGGGAGGCCUGUCCUUUACAGUGCUGUCGGAAGCCACGCCAUGUAUGCUCAGCCAGGCAAGCAUCCGUACGUUCUUCCAUUUGGAAUGCUAGCCGACGUUACGGACAAGGGGCCGCUCUGGGAUCCAGCGCUCAAUUAUCUUGCCUACCAUUUCAACACAUCGAUCACCCACGGUGCCGAUGCCAAGGCAAUUACGAAUCCGUCCAUAGCGACAAUGCAAGAGACUCUGCAGCCCGCAGCGAGUAAUCCCAACGCUCCUUUGGGCUGGUGGUGGUUUAAGGGUCACUGGGGAGACAAAUUUUACGAGUUGUCAGACCUCAGACAGUGGCGAUUUGUCGGACAGUAUCACUAUGUGAAUGGCCCACUUGGUCCACGGUACAAAAACUUGGGCCGUAGUAGGGUGUGCCAGAGUAGAGGGGUGUGCAGGAUUGUGAAUAGCUUGCAGGAAGGCAAGAAGAGGAGUUGGAUCGGAUAAGUGUUUCUUUUUGUUUCUCUUUUCCUCAGUCAACGAACUAGAAUGAGAAGAGCGGAGAUGGCUAGAGCAGCAUAAUGACAUUGGCGUCAAGAUUUUGGUUGGGCGUAACGAUGGUAGAUAGGGAAUGGCGUUUAGAUAUAAGGGGAAGAGAGAGAUACCAUGUACGUCUAAUGCAUUUAGACUUUGAAUGAUACCUAAGCAUUAGAAUAUCACAACUUGCAAAUGCCCAACCUUCACCAUUUGUGAAGAGACAAGGUCUUCCGUCCGAUUUCGGCCUGAUC